UAUCUGUCUUUACAGGACAUCUGCACUGAAGCAGCUGUGAAAGUUGACAUCUCUCCAGUUGCCUUGGACUUCUUCACCUUGGUAACUGAAGAUGGCAGGGGUUUUCUCAACCCAAACAAGGUGCUCAGCGAAUCAGAGUGCAGUCAAGUGUACUUCUUCAAACUGUGCAUUAAAGCUUGUCAUGGAAUUGAGCUCAAAGAUUUUGACAAGAAAGCAUUUGAAUAUUACUUCCAUCAGUGUCGUCAAGACUUCUUGUCAGGAAGUAUAGGUGAAUUCAGCAUUGAGAGCCAAAACUACUUGGCCCAACUUUUCCUUUAUGAAAUCAUUUACCUGGCACGUAGACAAGCUGCACAUGUAUCCACCAAAGAUGUUAUUGAAAACCCGGGCCGUUAUCAUAUUAAGAAGUUACUCCAGAGAGGAAUAUUUGCAGAGUACCCUCUAGAUGAGACAAAGUCAUUUCUAAAAGUGAAUGUAGCCCAAUAUGAGGUUCUCACAGAUAAUCAGGUCAAAUCUGAGUACAUCAGUACCUUGGAAAGAGCUGAAGACUUUUUUGUGCACAAGUUUUCUUUUGAAAAGGUUUAUGGCCAAGUGAGUAGAAAGUUUGAGGUUCUUGUCAGUGCCGAAUUUGGAAUCAAGAAGAGGAGAUUAGACAUUGAGAACAGUCUUCCUGAGGUUAUAGUGGAAAAAUUCUCUGACAUAGAAGGAUUAGAAUAUGACCGCAUGAGGAAUGUUGUCAGAAUUUUACGAAAAGAAUUUAAAACAGAGGAACUGACAGCCAGCUCUACACAAGAUGCAGAUUCCCUUUUGACAUUGAUUGAGGGAUAUUAUAGACUGAUGGUUAACCAGUACAAGCAGCUCAAUGUACGAGGUUCAAAGAGUGCAGUUGCCAUACCAUGUCAUGGGCCUAUCUUACGUAACAAGGCGGAGUAUCUCUUAAAGAAAGGACCCAGAGAGAAUGGUUCAUUUAUGCUUCGAAGGAAAAGAAAUAACCAUUGGAACCAUGUGCUGUCAGUGUAUGUGGCAGACAAAGUCAUGAACUAUGAUAUUAUCUGGGAUGACAACACUUCCCCUGGGUUUUUUUACCUGAAGGAUGCAAAGAGAGCAUUUUCAGACUUAUUAGGACUGGUUGAACACUACAAGCAGUCUGCGGAUGGACUACCUGUCUGCUUAAAAGAGAUACUCAAACCAAAAACAGAAGGUUUAGCUGCAUUGUUGGAUCGACAGGCCUUGGUACCUGCAGUACCCGAAGUCCACCUCAUCAAUGAUGCCAACCAAAUUGACAAUUUGAUACUUGAGCCUGGAAAUUCAUUGUCGGAAUGGGGUGAGUUUGGUGAAGUCAGGAAGGGAUCCUUUUGUGCAUCUGCUGAAGAACAGCUCUGCGUCAUCUCUAGGGCAUUGGUGAAGCCUAUUGGAAGGGAAAAAACCAGUCGCUACAAGGAAGCAAUGGGAACCUUUUCGGAGCUUCAGAAUCCUUACUUGACUCAAUUUUAUGGCAUUACUGAGACAGAAAAAGCCUUGAUCUUUGUGUUCGAGUUCGCAGCAGAAGGUCCUCUAGACCAGUACAUCAAGAAUGAAAGUACAAAGGAAAAUGGGAUAACCAAAGGGACGGUCAUUUCGUAUGCUGCACAGAUUGCAGAAGGAAUGAUGUUCCUACACAGCAAGAACGUUGUUCAUGGCCGUCUGAAUGCACACAAUGUGCUUGUCGCCAAUGAAGAAUGUAUCAAGAUCAGUGACUUUGGUCUGUUGUACCUUGUACAGAAUGGGCAGAGCUUCUUCCACUCUACCAGAAGAGGAUUUGGCUACUGCUGGUUCUCGCCCCAGUCCCUGCACGAUCAAACGUUCACUAUAGAGAGUGACAUUUGGACAUUCGGAGUAACACUCUGGGAAAUUUUUGCUAUGAAAAAGCCUUUCCACUGCUCUCUCGCAGAAGAAGUGCUGUCAGAGAACGAGAUUAUUAACCGGUAUUUGAAAGGGCAGUAUCUCAAUCCAGAAAGACCAAACUGUCCACCCAAUGUUGGAAAGCUGAUAAAACGGUGUUGUGAGCCAGAACCAAAGGACAGAAUGUCUUUCCAGGAAUUGGUAACAGAGCUACGAUCACCUGAAUUAGUUUCUGAUGACGAAGCACAGGAUCUUCUCCUCCCCCCUGAAAUCACACAACUGGAAGAUUGGGAGAUUCCAUUACCAACUCAACAGAGUAACCUGGAAUUAGAACCUAUUCCCAAUGACUCUCAGGCCUCUAAUGGUGACUACUCUUGCUUACCUGAGAAUGUGGUCCAUGAUGAAGUUUCUGCUAAUGAAGAUCGCAGCCAUAAUCUUCCAGGCAUUUCACUGGUCACCAGCAUUUCCUUGUUUGACAAUACUACACCCAAAAAGCAAAGCCUCUCAAAGACAUUUUCUCAUCCUGGUUUAGUGUAUGCAUAUGACGCUGAAAGUACUCUGCCGUCCAAGGAACCAUUCAGUUUCCUUCCUGUAAGGAAACCAAGUAUCACGAGAGUCAGCUCUUGUCCUCCCUCGAUCCAAGCAGGCAGUGAUAAUAACAAUGAAGGGCCAGAACUUACAGAAAGACAGCAGGAAGAAAGAAAUGUCCCAUGUCCCCAUCCAAGUGCAGAAGUGAACGUGCCUUUACUAAACCAACAGGAAUUGCUGGUGUUCGCUACCGGCAUAGAAGAUCCCGAGACAGUGAGUUCUGAAGAGCCAGUUGAAAGUGAUGGUAGUAGCAAUGAAGACAGUGGUACAGAUGAUAGUGGCGCUGAGGCUAUGGCAAUGAGGUCCCUGGCUAAACACUUGCAAAACACAUCCAUUCUUCAGACUAGUGUCGAUAGUCUCCCACCAGAUGUGGAGACACAACCUGACCUGCUUUCUGUGUGUUCUGAUGAUGACGCUGGUGAUCAGCAUGGAGAAGGGAUUAAGAAAGUAUCAGAAUCUGGGUCAUCUGCAUACAUCACUCUGGCAUCAAUAACUUCCACCCAGAGCUCUCCGCCUGUACAUCACACAGAAGAGAAACCAGAGAAAUCAAGAGCUGGGUCAUAUGUGACACUUUCCACUUCAACAAAUGAAAGCAUGCCACGAAAUCAAAUCAAAGGUUCAAGCAUUCUACAGAGGUCGUCAGGAGCUAGCAGUACAGUUGACAACCCUUUUGUCCCUGUUCAAUCAAUGCAGUCUCCUGUGAGUACUGCAGCAGCUACAGGUUACAGUGCUACAAAGGGCAACGGUCUGAAUGCUGAGAAUCAAACACCACGCAGCUCAGACCUGUCCCCCUACCAAAACCAACCAAACCCUAAAGAAACAUCACAAUUCAAAAGCGAGGGAUUUGCUAGUGUUUCUUGCAAAUCACCAGAUGAACUGUUGGGUUCGCUCUCUAAGGACAGCAUCCAGAAAGGGUUGGGAUCUCUUGCUCUAACAGAUCUCUUGUCUGAUAUUGACGAUGAUUCCUUUAAAGAAGAGCCAUCCCCACUGAUUACUGAUCUACAGGAAGAAAGUGAAGAUGAUGAUGGUGACUUUCAAGCUGAGUUGAGCCUUGGUAUGUUUUCUCUUCUAGAAAGCAAUGUUGACUUGGAGCUCAACAAGUUGGCAGAGCAGCCAUCCUUUUCUCUAGAAGAGGAACGUAACCAUUUCAAUUCACAGCCUUGCACAGAUAUGGAGCUGGACAGUGCAAAGGAAUCUACGAGCAACGUCACAAAUAACAAACUUCACGAGCUCGAUCGAAAAGAGGACAGUACCUUAUCAGAAGAGAGCCAGUUAAGCCUGGGUAAAUUGGCCCAUCCAAUGAGCAAUGUCGGCUUAGAGCUCAGCAAUUUGUCCGAUCAGUCACUCUUUGCCCUAGAAGGGGAACACGCCAAUUGCAAAAUACAGCCUCAUGCAGAUAGAGAGAUGGACAGUGCAAGUGUGUCUGGGGACUACAUCAGUAAUCGAGAGCUUCUUCAACACAAUCCAGAAGAGAACAGCACUUUCUCAGAAGAGAGCCAAGUAGUUGACAGCUCGCCAGGUUUCAAUCCCUACCAAUUUUUGGCCGUCAAAGAAUCAACCAAUCAUACUGAUGUAACCGACCAAUUGUUCCAUUUCAUGCCAGAGCUGACAAAUAAUGAAGACUGUGGGGAGGAGAGUGACCCAGACAACGAAGAUGCUGAUGAGACCAGUGACACUGAACUUGGUUCAUCAUGUGGGUCUGUGGGGCAUUCCCCUGGUAAGAUUAAAGUCUUAAAUUGCGCAACCUUGGUGUUUGAUCAAGGGCAAGAGGAACUCGCAAUGAAGAAAUUUUCCUUGAAUAAUCUCUCAAAGGAAACAUUGAAAUCAACCGGGUUUCCUGUUUUCAAAGAGGACCACUUCCUGGGCCAAGAAAUUAAUUCCCUGUGUUCAAAUCAACUGGAUGAUGCACGCAAUGAAGAUGGUUGCUCUCUUAAUGGCGACCAGGAAGGGGAAUGUGGUGUCCAAGGAAACAUUUGGGUAGACCCCGGUUGCAGGGAAAUAGGUGAUGUUAAAGAAAUUACGGGGUCGACAGCUGGAACCUCAGAUGGAAAUUACAUUGACAAAGAAGCGCAGCUUGUGGGGAACAUGGAUAAUCACCGUGUCGGUGUAUCAUUGCUCAGACAGGCUCCUGAUAAAGCUACAGAGGGAGAAGAAGAUGAACCCAUGGCAUCCCUCAGUCGCUCUUCAUCAUCAGAGGGAAUCUGGCCAUCUCCUGAUGCUGUGCAGAGGGGUUACCAACAGAGGAAAUCAACAAUUGAUUCAUGCUCUUCUGCGGGAGAGGAACAACCUACUUUGGACAUGAGCAAGAUUCCUCAGCAGCUUCAAAUUCGUUAUGAGCAGUUGCAAAUACAUAGAAAACUUGGCCAGGGGCAGUUUGGUGAAGUAAAUCAAGCAACAAUUGUUUCUACAGGCCCGUGCCCAAAGAGAGAGGAAGUGGCUGUGAAAGUGUUGAAGGACAACGCAUCACCAGAGGAUUCCAGUGACUUCAUCAAUGAGGUUCAAAACAUGAUUGAGUUGGAAUCAAAGCAGCAUUGUCGAUACAUUAUUAAACUGCGUGGGGUUACGAAAAAUCCAAAUGGAAAACUUAUGUUGGUAACAGAACUUGCACCGUUGGGGUCUCUACAAGCUUAUUUACCUAGAAACAAGGACAUUUUGCAAAUACCACAACUUCUUGAGUUUUGCAUGCAGAUCUGCAAAGGAAUGCGAUACCUGGAACAACAAUCAUUACUGCAUAAAGACCUCGCUGCAAGGAACAUCCUCGUAAUGAGGGAGGACCUUGUAAAGAUUAGCGACUUUGGCUUGUCAAGGUUACAGGAUUACUACAAACUUCAGGAGUCCAGUAAAAUACCUGUGAAGUGGUACGCCUUGGAGAGCUUGCUUAAGCAACGCUUCACCCCCAAAAGUGACGUGUGGAGCUUUGGGGUAACUAUGUGGGAGAUUUUUACCUUCGGAGACAAGCCAUAUGGUGACAUGCAAAAUAUUGAGCUUCCUGGAUUUCUUGAGGCGGGACAGCGACUCGCCUGCCCAGUAGGGUGCCCACAGAAGGUGUAUGACGUCAUGUACAAUUGUUGGCUUAAAGAGGCCUUAAAACGGCCAACAUUUUACUUGAUCGAAACCGACUAUUUGACAGCGUUGCUGAAAGAAUAUCCUGUUUCUGGCUAAUGAAAGAAAAUCUUAAUCUUAACGCAGGAGUUGUUUAUGCAUGGGAAAUCCGUUACUCUUUAAGUAACAAGUGUGAUAUUGUUAUUUCUUUAACAAGUUAUUACCAUCAAAGUAUAGUUUGCAGAUCAAGAGCACUGGAUUAAAAUCCUGGUGGAAGUUAUU